AUGUCUCUCUCUUCUCACUUUCAUGCUGUGGUUCCUUUCUCUUCUCCAUUUUCUUUGUCCACCUCUUUUACCUUGACACCCUUCAUUCACUCCUUCUACGCUCUGUGGCCUCCAAAUAUCAUGAAAGGUCACGAUCCUAGCCAACUUCUACAUGAAUAUCCACCGUCCAACCUAUACUUCAUACGUGAAUGUGAUACCGCAGAAUUCACGUCCUGCGAGCUUGAAUACUCCAAGACAUUCCAACCAACAUUUUCCUUGGACAGCAGUCGAUCCUCAGGUUCCCCUGAUGAUGGUAGUGGUGUCAAUGGGCCAGGACUGGUUGGAAAUCCGUACCCCUUUAGCCGUGCAGCAGUCGCUCCUCUUCAGCCCACGUUUGGGAAUCCAACUCCAUCGUUAUCAUCCUGCGAAGAAGAUGACGACGACUGCUCCCUUGAGCACAAUCCGUCUCCUCCAGAGCAUCUUCUAUCCUCAGCCGUGCCUUCUAUAGAACCAUCGCAGUUUACUGGGACUGGACUUCAAGUCAGCACAUCCCCCAAUACCUCUGUACACCGAUCAUCACCGUCCAUUGAAGGGAGCGGCUCCUCCUCGUUGUCACAUCAAGGGCCUUUACCAAGGCAUUCGUCCGCUGAUUACGCUACAGAUAUCCAUGACAGACAUGAAGGGUGUGGAGACCGUGCCAUUACGAUCCACAACGAUGCAGAGCAGGUCUGCAUGUCCAAUAAUGACAUCGUCAUCGCACCGAUUGGGCCCUCGGAUCCCUUGUCCAACAUAUCCCCGCGCGUCCAUUAUGCGCCUUCAUCUCCGAGCGCACGGCCUCAGGGGCACGCUAUAGUCCAUGGAGUAUCUACGCAACGCCCAAUUUACGCGUCGCUCUCCAAUUCGAAAUAUGAUGUGUCCCACCACAACCACUCACCGUGGCAUCGUUACUCUUCAACAUAUUUUCGACACAUAUCAGCAACUCAGACGUAUCCUUUCCCCCCUCGGUGGAGCCCUGUUUCCUUCCGCGGAGCAACGGAUAGUGGUGCUCAAUACCCUCUGGGAGUCUUAGCACAAAGACGAGCCAUCACGCAGUCAAUUCUAUCAGCUGGAGCAUCCGAAAUACUGUCGUUACAAUGCUCCCCCGGUCAUCGGAUAUGUCCACCAGUUGAACCUGGUCAUAUUCUUGGUGUCCGACGUGCGAUACGUACGCAACAACAUGUCAUCUACAAUGUGCCCUUCUAUGGCAUCGAGAACGUCAAGACCUCGCCUACUCGACACAGUCUCAUAAUGGAAUCCCAUACUUCGGUGGGGGCGGGCACAGGUGAACACCAAGCACUGGGCAGUAGUGCCGAUUUUCUGAGUCGACAUCGCGAGCACAUUUGGGCAGUAGCUCACGAAGACGAAUACGGUUCAGGGUCAAGCACUGGACGCGAUGGUUGCGUUGACCACGACCCUUCGCAAGGUCGAUACAAGCGGCUGCAACGAUGGGUGGCUAUUUCGCCUGCCAGGGCUCCCAACUCAACGAAGGGCUCGAGCUAUGAUCGUGUUUCGAUUCCAGGGACCAGCUCGCGUGACCCCCUUGUUAGCAUUGAUCGAGCACCUUCUCGGACGUCGGGCAAAACAUCUGACGCAAGAGCUAACGUGCGAGAUGACCGUUUGCUGCGUCCGCAAAGGCUAGUAAGCGAGGGCGUCUACGGACCAGAUUCAUUCACAGAGUCACUCGAGCAUCCAAAGCGGAUCGAGGCAUUAUUGAAGGGUCGAAGGAGACGAUUUAAAGCCAUGGUACAUAAGCACUGGAGAAAUUGUCUGUGUGUGCUGCUCUUCCUGGCAGUGACAAUCGUCGUCCCUGUCUUGCUGCUGAGCAAAAAGGCGGGACAUUUGGGUGCUACGGGCAGCGUCAACAACGGGAUCCUUGAUGGUGGAGCUGAAAUGCAGCCAAGUCAUAGUAUCGGGGAAGGACAUGCCGUGACACGAACAGGUGCUGUUACGAACCAACCUACGGCGGCUCUGGCUCCCAACGCCCGUAUCACUUCCACACCAACCUCGUUUACUAGUACUGGAGCCACGAAGUCGUCCUCAAAACCGGCAGCUCAGACCACGCAGAUUCAGACUCAAACACAGACACAGACGUGGAUGCAGACACUAGCACCCACACAAACACAGCCAGAGGUACAACAGCAGGGACAAACCCAAUCGCCUCAAAAUGCUACUUUGCCCUAAAACAUCAAAAAUCC